CGUCUGUUGCGCGCUCUCGUCACAACGUCGCCAUUUUGAUUCAAAAUUUAUGACUUGAGUUUUUCCUGGCUUGCUUGCUAAACUUAGCCGCGCGUUGAAUAUCUUUGUGCGUGAGUCCAAAUCAUAUCUUGUACACAUAAAAUAAUACGUUUUAUUGUCAAUGCCAAGAAGCCAUCAAUGCGGGGAAGUUGAGGAUUUAGUUGAUUCCAAAUCUACAUUUGACCAACGUUAGCCAAGUUGAGCUAGUUAAUGUUAGCCUUGUGCUCUCAGACUGAACCAUUUUCAAAACAAACCACUCACAGGCUAACGAAUGCUAGCCAGCACAGCUAGCCAACAGUUAGCUGGAUAGCUUGUGACCUAGAGCUGCUUGUUUAUCGAUAAAAUACACAAAAGUUUGACAGAAAAGGAAGGAGCAGCGCGGGGCUUUCGGUCAAAGGUUAUGGUGUGUCAUCUCCUAAAGAGCCCUGUGUUUUAAGAAAAGACCCAUGCUGAUAAUGCAACACCUUGCCACACUCUCUGUUGUCUGCACAAACACCAAUGCCUGCCUGCCUGUGGGGGAGGUCUGAUUAAAGAGAUCCAGAUUUCGUCCACUGGGCUGAGCCCCCCAUCCCAGCGGCCAACAUGUUUUGGAAGUUUGACCUACACACCACUUCCCACAUUGACCAGUUGCUGGACAAGGAAGACGUGACGUUGAGAGAGCUGAUGGAGGAAGAUGACGUCCUGCAGGAAUGCAAGGCCCAAAACAGACGGCUGCUUCUCUUUCUAUCCCAGGACCACUGCAUGCGAGAGCUAGUCAGCCUCAUUACGACAGAGCCCCCUGCUGACCUUGAGGAGAGAAGCCGUUUCAAGUUUUCAAAUAUAGCUUGUGAACUCCUGACCUCAGAUGUGUCCAUUAUAAACGAUAAGCUUGGUGGGGAUGAAUCUCUCCUUGAGAUGCUCUACAAAUUCCUGGAUAAGGAUCCUCCCCUCAAUCCUUUACUUGCCAGCUUCUUCAGCAAAACCAUUGGCAAUCUCAUUGCCAGGAAAACGGAACAGGUGAUCGCGUUUUUAAAGAAAAAAGAAGGCUUCAUUAGUUUGGUGCUGAAACACAUUGAUGCCUCCGCCAUGAUGGACCUGUUGCUUCGCCUCAUCAGUUGUGUGGAACCUGCCCCUUUAAGGCAGGAAGUGCUUCAUUGGCUGAAUGACGAGAAGCUGGUGCAGAGACUCAUAGAACUUAUCCAUACUGGUAAAGAUGAAGAAAGACAAUCAAAUGCGUCCCAAACACUUUGUGAUAUCAUCCGCCUUAGUCGAGAUCAGGCCAAUCAGAUGCAGGAUAAUGUGGAUUCUGACCCACUAUUGACUGUACUGGAGUCGCAGGAAACUGUAACAGGGCUUCUCAAAAAUAUGUUUGAGGGUGAGAGGAGUGAGGCCUCCAUUGUUAAUGGAACUCAAGUGCUACUUACCUUAUUGGAGACCAGGAGGUCUGCGUUGGAAGGCUUAAUGGAUCUGUAUUCUCAGGGUUACGAAAGGUCUUACACUGUCAGCAGCAGUAUUUUAAGUGCCAUUGAGCCCUAUUUAAAGGACUUCCAGCAGCUCCUUCUGGAUCCCCCUAAGAAAAGUGCAAUAUUAACAACUGUUGGCAUUCUGGAGCAGCCACUGGGGAAUGCCCGCCUUCACGUGGCGCGGCUGGUGGCUGCCUUGUUGCAGACCAGUGCACCCAGUAUCUGUCAGGAGCUUUGCAAUCUUGACACCAUGGACCUACUACUGGAUCUGUUCUUCAAAUAUUCCUGGAAUAACUUUUUGCACCUUCAAGUGGAGCUGUGUGUGGCAGCCAUUCUGAACCAUCCUUCAUCAGAGGAGCAGCCAAGCCUAGACAUCCAGAACCACGACGGGGAUCCAGCAGCAUCCAACUCUGACAGGGAGGGAGAGAAGGGCACAAACAGUGACUUAAAAUCCUCUGUCUUUAAUGCCCUUGUGGCACAUCUUUUCCAGAAGUGUCAGCUUGUUCAGAGGAUCCUGAAUGCUUGGGAGGAGAAUGAUAAAAUACAGGCUGAUGGUGGCACCAGAAGAGGCAACAUGGGUCAUCUGACCAGGAUUGCGAACAUGGUGGUCCAGAAUCUGGAAAAGGGACCAGUACAGGCCCAAAUUACUGACCUUAUCAAAGAGCUGCCGGAAGACUGCAGAGGGCGCUGGGAGAGCUUUGUUGAUGAAACGCUGAGAGAAACCAACAGGAGGAACGCUAUAGAGCUGGUAAGCACCCACAACAUUCAUUCAUCCAGUGAGGACGACGACUUCCCCAAUGAUAUGUCUCUGCAACAGACUUUCACAGACUAUCAGAUCCAACAAAUGACUGCCAACUUUGUGGAUCAGUUUGGUUUCAAUGAUGAGGAGUUUAGUGAACAUGAUGAAAAUAUCAACACUGCCUUUGACAGAAUCACAGAAAUUAAUUUCUCUCUAGAUGCUGAUGAUAAUAGUGCCAAUGCAGCUGCUUUUGAAGCCUGCUGUCAAGAGAGAAUACGUCAGUUUGAUGAUACUGAAGAGGAGGAAGAGGACAUCUGGGAGGAGAAGGAGAUAAACUAUGCAACGCAAGCUAAAUCCCGAACAAGGUUUGGGGUGUCUCAGACCUCAGAAGGAGGCUCCAGGGGCAGCAUGGAGAAUGGACGUCAGGAGCAGGACCAUGGGUCCCAAUCAGAUGAGGAAGAAGAUUCUGAGCAGAGCACAUCAGAUGCCGGCUGGACGGAAAAUUUCAGGGAUUCUGGAGGGACUGUUCCGUCCCAAGUGCCAACAGGGUGGGAGAGCUCAGGCAGGGGUGAAGGGGAAAACCAAGUAAAAGGCUGGGCCAACUUCACUGAGUUCCAGCCUUUCACCGGUACUGAGACUGAUCGCAGAUGCAGCUCUCCUGUAGACAACAGUGAUACUGAGAAACAAGCCAGACAAAACCAUGAGCAGGGGGAUAUUCGUGCUUUCUCAGGCCCUUCCCCACCAGGAGAACGAAAAAACACUCCAGAUGUGGCCUCAGACAGCAGUUCCUCUGGGGGAUCCGACAGUGAAGGAGGGGAAAAAAAUGCUAAUCUUCCUCCUGCUUCAGCAGUUACUUCAGAAAUUACCCCUAGCAACAAGACAGCUGACCUCAAAAGUGAGGAGUGUACAGUGUCCCUGGAGAAACUCUCUUUAUCAGAACCUCCUGCACCUUCACACAAGCUUGCUGAAGACUCACCUGUAAACACACAGACCGAAAGGAAAGAGGACUCAUCACAGACCCAUGAAGUGUCUGUCAAUGGGCCGGUGUGAGGACAAGGUUCAACAGAACCCUAUCAGCGACGGUGCCGCAGGCUGUCAGCCUUCUCCAGAAUGACUCUCCCAAACAGCCUCACUGCAGCUCCAGUGUUUUUACUGUAUCACUCUGCCACAUUAUUGGGCCUGGACACUGCCACUCAACACCAACAAUGAGGAGGCGGAACAUUAAAACCAAGAGAAAAAAGAAAAACCCAACAGACAGAGCGAAGUUCAGAGAAAUCAGCUUCCCCCCCCCAGAUGUUGCACAUAAUUCAGUGCAGUUUAAAUGUAGCAGCGACCUUUGAGACUACAUGACCUGCAGGGUAACAUCUUAAUGUUUUUAAAGUCUGACGGUUUUCUCCUUCUUUCCACUGAUUGGGAUUUUAUAAGGUCAUGCCUGAAUGGAUAGCACGGGCUAACUUUUAACAAUGCCUCAACCAGAAAUACCUGUUUUUAUUUUGAAAUACUAUUUUUCUUUAAGCUUACAGAAGCACUUAUGUCAGCAUUUGCUGUAUGUAAUAGCACAAUGUUCAUCUCUGCUGGCUGUCUCAUCUGUCCUCUGAUCCACAUCAGUGUUUCUACUCAUUGCUUGGAUUUUUUUCCCAUCUUUUUGGUUGCUGGGAAUGAAACGUACGUUGUCAUCCAUCACCAGGUUUGAAUGUUCUGACAUGUUUCAGGGGGUCUGUUGAGGAGGAGGAGAAUGAUAUGAACAGUGCUCUAAUAGUAUUACUGUUUUCCUCAUGUGCAAUAAUGUUGGUUUGCCAUUUUAUUUGAAAAAGAGAGAAAUUGAGCAUUUUUUUAAGAAACAGUCAAGCCAUGGUGAUAUUUGGUAUGGAAUUGGGCAAACAAAUUUGGAUCUAAUCUCAAGCUUAUUUUUCAGAUUUUUAAAUCCUAUCUUUUUCCUUUUUUGUCUUUUUAGUGCAUGUAUUUCAGGUUCUCUGUUGACCUAGCUAGUGAGCUCAGACCUUCUGAUUGUAAUGAAUCUAAAAAUCUGAUUGCUAUCCCUCACAAAUCAACCAAACAUUAUCUACCUAUAUACUAAUAUUAUCUACAUUUAAAAGUAAUUUUACAAGCUUUUUUUGAGAUCUAUUGUCUGUUUCUUCUCUCUCUGUGCGUCUCCACCAAGCACUUCUUCACAGGGCAAUAGGGGCAUCUGACGCUGUAUGUUUGGUUAUCUGUUUAAGUUUGAUUUUUCUGUUUAAGCCACAAGAUUGGAAGAAGCGCUGGUCUGCAGAUAUUGAGGCUAAAACAAAACUAAAACUUUGAAAUUAAAAUCAUCUGGUUUACCACAAUAA